UCAGUUGCGUCGCUCUUCAGAGCGGCACGGCUAGUCAAGCCGAAUUGCUCGGCAUGUGGCGGGGGGCCGCAACUAGAGCUUGGGACGCCUGCCUGGAGCGCAUCGGGGGGGUCUCCCCCAAAUACUGCAACAGGAGGGGUGUAGCGACAGUGUCAGUCAACCCUGCAGCUGGCUUGGCUGAUCAGCCGGCGAAGAUAGCGGUCUGGGGGCUAGCGCCUUCGCAGGAAGUGACCCUUAGAGCGCUCGUGGUGGAUGGCCAUGGCAGCCUCUUUGAUUCCUGUGCCCACUAUCAGGCGGAUACUCAGGGAAAGGUAGAUGUGUCCAAAGAUUCGUCUCAGGGAGGAGACUAUACUGGAGUGGAGCCCAUGGGGCUAUUUUGGACCCUCUCCCCUGCUGCGAUGGAGAAACCUUACCACAGGCUGGACCCCGGGCAGGUGAAAACUCCCAUGAAAGUGGACGUGUCUGUGCACCAGGGUUACAGCCCGCCUGCCGCCCUGCCUGGCCGCAUACUUGCCAGAGCCAGCAUGGAAAGGUGGUUCACCCUUUCCGAAGUGCGAAGGAUUAGGCUGAAGGAAGGUGUAGUGAGAGGCAGUUUGUUCCUCCCCCCAGGGAACGGCCUCUUUCCAGGAGUGAUAGAUAUGUUUGGUGAUGAAGGUGGGUUAGUUGAAUUCCGAUCAAGCCUCCUGGCUGCCCAUGGCUUUGCUGCUCUUUCCUUACCGUAUUUCAAUUUUGAGGAUCUCCCCCAGGUCAUGGAGGAUUUCCACCUUGAGUACUUUCAAGAGGCAGCUAGGUUUUUGCUAUGCCAUCCAAAGGUUAAAGGGCCAGGAGUUGGUGUUGUUGGAACAGGGAAAGGAGCAGAAUUGGCAUGUUCCAUGAUGACCUUCCUGCCAGAAGUAGUGGCUGCUGUCUGCAUUUCUGGCUGCAGUUCCAUCACAACUAGUACCCUCCAUUAUGGCAAGCUGACUCUACCCGGACUCUGCUUUAACAUGAGUAAAAUCAGAAUUUCUGAAGAUGGUGUGUUUGAUAUUUAUGAGGCCUUGGAUGAUCCAAAGGACCCAGCUAAUUCACAUUGCCGCAUCCCUAUAGAAAAAGCAGAAGGACACUUCCUUUUUGUGGUAGGGGAGGAUGACCGCAACUGGAAGAGCUCUUUGUAUGCUGAGAUAGCCACUGAGUGCCUAUGCCAACAUGGGAAGAACAACUUUACCCUCUUGAGUUACCCAGGAGCUGGUCAUCAAAUUAACCCAGCCUUCUCUCCAGUUUGUCCUAUAGCUUUAGACCGUGUUCUAGGAGUACCUGUUCUCGGUGGUGGAAACCGCAGAGCUCAUGCGUAUGCGCAAGAACACUCUUGGGGGAAGAUUCUGGAGUUUCUGCACUUCCACUUGAGAUGAGAUUUUCCAAAUACCUUAAUAUUGAGAGGAGAGAAAGAUGCCAAAGAGCAAAAUGAAUCUCAGGGACUCACUUGGAAGGAAGGCAGGAAGAGCUGAAAUAUGUCAUGUGUACGUUGUUUGACUGACAGUUUGAGUGGAUGAGAAGAUCAGAUCAGACUGUUUACAAGAUGAGACUUGUUUACAGAGAAGCAAUCUAAAAUACUUAGAUGAAGAACUGUAGUGAUGAACAAUGUUCCCUCUAAGCUGUGGAGUCUUGUGAGCAAAAAUUCUACUUUGUGAG